CGCCAGUAGUUUCUUGGUAAGCUUGGAUCGUAUAGUCUUCUUAAGAAACUCAAAAAGAAGAUGUUUCUAGCAGAAGAUUUGCUUUGCAAACCCCAUGUCUUCAUGUGAUUUAUCAUUUAUUUAAGGAAUUUAAAGAAGUAAAGAAAACCAUGGAUCCGUGGCAAGUUUUCUGCGGAGAAAAGGCGUGUAUCUGCAUCGGCCACAUACUCAUCAUUUCUGCAAAUGUUUUGCUUCUGUUAUUUCUUGCAUAUCUCCACUCUCGAAAGCUUUCGUCGAGAAAGAAUGUGGUGUCGUCUGCAAGCAACUCCUCCAGAUUAUUGCUGGUGUGUUGCUGCAGUUUGAAUGGCGGUUUGGGUGCGGGUUACUUUUGCUUGGCGGUUUGGAAAGUCGUCGAGAAUUCGAGUGUUUUGCCUCUGCAUUCAUGGUUAGUGUUGGUGUUACAAGGAUUCACAAUGCUGUUUCUGGGGUUGUCUGUCAGCAAGAAGCAGCAGACCACCUUAAUUUCCUCAGUGGUGAAAGUGUGCUUUUUGGAGGCCUUAGUGGUUGGAUUUCUCUGCUUCUUGUCUAUCUGGGAACUGAUUCUGAACAAAGUUGUGUAUGUUGAAUCAGUUCUCAACGUUUUAUCGCUUCCCGGGAUGGUUCUUCUGCUCAUCUGUGCAUACAAGGAGCAAAGGGUAUCAGAUGAUUGUUACUACGAAGCACUUGAAGAACAACAGAAUGUGACUGGAUUUGCUAAAGCCGGGUUUCUAAGCAAGAUGGCGUUUUGCUGGUUAAGCCCAGUGUUGAAGAAAGGCAAGGAGAGAACUCUAGGCGAUCGAGACAUCCCGGAGUUGAGACCAGAUGACCGGGCCGGGACAUUGCACUGUUUGUUUAAGGAGCAAAUGAACAGACAGAAACAGGCUAAUAAUCAUCCUAGUUGUCGUCGGGGUUCUGUUUUCUGGUCGAUAGUUGCCAGCCAACGGAGAGGUGUUCUUGUUUCGGGAGCAUUUGCACUUGUUAAGAUCCUGACAGUGUCCACAGGGCCAAUUUUUCUUUAUGAAUUCAUAGAAGUUGCAAAUGGGAGAGGGGCCUUUGAAUAUGAAGGCUAUGCUCUCACUGCAGGGAUUCUUCUUGCAAAAUGCCUAGAAUCACUGGCAGAAAGGCAAUGGUUUUUCAGGACUAGACUGAUUGGGCUGCAAGUAAGAUCACUGUUAACUGCAGCCAUCUAUGAGAAGCAACUGAGCCUUUCGAGCACCACUAAGACCACUCAUUUGCCCGGGGAAAUAAUGAACUAUGCCACAGUUGAUGCUUACAAAAUCGGGGAGUUCCCGUUUUGGUUCCACCAGAUAUGGACAACAGGCAUCCAGAUUUGUUUCGGACUAGGUACCAUGUACUAUGCUGUCGGGCUGGCAACGAUCCCGGCUGUGGUGUUGGUCGUACUGAGCGUUCUGGUGAAUUCCCCGGUGGCCAAAUUGCAGCACAAGUAUUUGACAGAGCUUAUGGUAACACAGGACAGAAUGCUGAGGGCUAUAACAGAAGCACUGACAAGUAUGAAAGUCUUAAAGCUCUAUGCUUGGGAAAUGCAUUUCAAGAAUGGAAUAGAAAGGCUGAGAGAAGAAGAGUUUAAAUGGCUAAAAUUGGUUCAAGUUCAGAAGGGCUAUUACAUGGUUCUGUUCUGGUCAUCUCCCAUCAUUGUUUCAGCAGUCACAUUCUGGGCUUGCUACGUUCUCCGAAUCCCUCUCAACGCUAGCAAUGUCUUCACGUUUCUCGCCACUUUUCGGAUCAUCCAGGAGCCUAUAAGGUCAGUCCCUGAUGUCCUCGGAGUAUUCAUCGAAGCCAAGGUCUCGUUCACCCGGAUUCUCAAGUUUCUCGAGGCACCCGAGUUACAACACAAAAGGCACAACGAGAACAAAUAUCGUGAUGAUCAAGAACCAGACUACUCGGUACUCGUGGAAUGCAACAGAAUCUCUUGGCAAGACUGUCCUGGAACAGCAACACUACAAGGCAUAACUCUUUGUGUUAAACCUGGCCAGAAGGUAGCCAUCUGCGGAGAGGUUGGCUCGGGCAAAUCAACUCUAAUCGCAGCAAUUCUCGGAGAAGUUCCAUUUCUUGAUGGCACUGUUCAAGUUCAUGGGAAGCUCACAUAUGUGUCUCAAAAUGCAUGGAUCCAAACCGGGACGAUUCAAGAAAACAUUCUAUUUGGUUCCAUCAUGGAUCAGCUAAAAUACGACGAGGUAAUUAAGAGGUCUUCUCUGGAGAAGGACCUUCAAAGGCUUCCUUUUGGCGACCAAACAGUGAUAGGCGAACGAGGAGUUAAUCUAAGCGGGGGGCAGAAGCAGAGAGUUCAGCUGGCACGCGCAUUAUAUCAGGAUGCAGACAUCUAUCUACUCGAUGAUCCAUUCAGCGCUGUCGAUGCACACACCGCGACAAGUUUAUUCAACGAAUAUGUAAUGGGAGCUCUUUCAAGAAAGACAGUCUUACUAGUAACUCAUCAAGUCGACUUCCUUCCAGCGUUCGAUUCUAUUUUGUUAAUGUCUGAAGGGAAGAUCUUAAAAGCAGACACCUAUGAUCAGUUACUCAUCUCUUGUCAAGAAUUUCAUAGCCUUGUCUGUGCACACAGAGAGACAGCAAAAUCUGAGACGAACGGAGGGUAUAGUACACGAAAGAAACCCAUAAACCGCGAAGAAGAAAGCAUUCAAAACAUGAUUUCAGAAGAUGAGCAAAUAGAAUCUACAGGGGAGCAGUUGAUCAAGCAAGAAGAAAGAGAAACAGGAAACACUGGUCUUAAGCCUUAUAAGCAGUACCUAGGCGAAAGCCAUGGCUUCUUUUACCUCUUAGUAGCGAUCAUCGCCCACUUGGCCUACAUGGUGGGGCAGCUGGAGCAGAAUCUAUGGCUAGCAGCCGAUUUGCAGAACCCCGAGAUGAGCAAAUUCAACCUUAUACUCAUAUACUCAGCCAUAGGAUUUGGUAUGUCAUUGACCUUGUUCCUUAGAUCAUAUGCUAUAAUUUCCUUAGGCUUAAGGAGAUCAAAAUCCAUAUUUGCUAAGCUAAUGGCCUCUCUUAUUCGAGCACCGAUGUCUUUCUACGAUUCCACCCCUCUCGGGAGAAUACUCAGCCGGGUAUCAUUGGAUCUUAGCGUUGUGGACCUCGAUUUGUCUUUUAGGUUCAGUCAAGCUGUUUCGGUCACCCUGACAACAUAUUUUAGCUUGGGAGCAUUGGCUGCUCUUACCUGGCCAAUCUUAAUAGUCAUCAUUCCAACGGUUUAUGUCACAAUCCUCUUACAGAGAUUCUACUUUGCAACUGCGAAAGAGCUGAUGAGGAUCGACGGGACAACCAAGUCUUCGGUGGCUAGCCAUCUGGCUGAAUCCGUUGCAGGAGCAACAACGAUUAGAGCAUUCGGGGAGGAGGAAAGAUUCUGCUCACAACAUAUGCACCUUAUUGACAAGAAUGCAAGUUCAACUUUCCACAGCUUUUCAGCCACCGAAUGGCUGAUCCAACGCCUUGAAAUGAUAUGCGCGGUUGUGCUAUCAUCCUCGGCUUUAGCCAUGACUUUACUCCCUUUCGAAGCUUCUAAAUCAGGAUACAUUGGCAUGGCUCUAUCGUACGCUCUCUCGUUGAACGUAAGCCUGGUUUAUGCAGUCCAGAAUCAGUGCAUGCUAGAGAAUUCAAUUGUAUCAGUGGAAAGGCUAGAACAGUACAUGAAUAUUCCCAGUGAGGCCCCAGAAAUAAUAGAAGGCAAUCGACCUGCACCCGAAUGGCCUUCCAUUGGUAAAGUGGAGAUUCAUGAUCUCAAGGUGAGAUAUCGAGACAAUUCGCCUCUGGUUCUCCAAGGCAUUAGCUGCACAUUUGAAGGAGGCUACAAAGUUGGCAUUGUAGGCAGGACAGGAAGUGGGAAAACAACUCUCAUCAGUGCCCUCUUUCGCCUCGUGGAGCCUACCGAGGGCAAGAUCAUCAUAGACGGUCUAAACAUCUCUGCACUCGGGAUCCAUGACCUCCGCUCAUCCCUGGCAAUCAUCCCACAAGACCCAACGCUCUUCACCGGGACAAUCAGACACAACCUAGACCCCUUGUCAGACCACACUGAUGACCAAAUUUGGGAGGUUCUUGGAAAAUGUCACCUCAGAGAUGCAGUUCAACAGAAGGAUGCUGGACUCGACUCUCCAGUGCUACAAGAUGGAUCAAACUGGAGCAUGGGACAACGGCAGCUAUUCUGCCUAGGACGGGCGCUGCUAAAACGAAGGAAGAUCCUAGUCCUAGAUGAAGCUACUGCAUCAAUAGACAACACAACUGAUUCGAUAAUCCAGAAAACGAUAAGGACAGAGUUUGCAGAUUGCACUGUGAUCACAGUAGCUCAUAGAAUACCUACUGUCAUGGACUGCACAAUGGUUCUUGCUAUAAGUGAUGGGAAGCUGGUGGAGUAUGACAGACCAAUGAAGCUUAUAAAUGAAGAAGGGUCAUUGUUUGGGCAGCUUGUUAAGGAGUACUGGUCUCGUUCUGGAAACAUGUAGGCCAAAACAGCAAAAAUUAGAAAUGCAGUACAAACAACAAAUGGUGUGCCUAAAUAUUUGAGUUUUGAUUUUGAAAGGGUAUUCAAUAUACAAUAUUAUUCUUUGGUUAUAAUAGAAUCUUGUAUGGGUUUUUGACAUUCAACAAUAAUGUGGUUCACCAAAACCACAUUUUCAAACAAA